CUCAUCAUCAACCACCCACCGCAAAUGCAGAUCUAACUGCUCCAACUAAUGAAAGACCGCAGCUUUUAACAUUGUGGAGCGCAAGAAAGGAGGCCGUUCCUCGUCGACGAGCUGAUGCUGCUCUAAGUUAUUGACUCACGGGAAUCCUCCCUCCUCUCAUGCACGUCGCUCUCUGGAUCUUAGUUGGUGAUUCACAAGUUGAGCGAUAUUUAUUCCAUCACCUGCAAGACGCAUGCUGAUGUCUAGUAAUCAAAACGAGCACCGGAGAUGGAGAUGGCAAACCAUGGUUAAAGCAGCGGAGUAGGAUCGAAGUCAACACCCACCCCGGUGGGUACAUAACAGAGCAAGCGUCUUUGUACGAGAAGACAGUGGUUAACGCUCUACACCGCUGCUGCUGCUCGAGGGAUGAGUGAACUCAUCACUGUUCUCAUUUCCGUUGGAGAGUGUCGUCGCAGGAGAAGUAGUGGCCGAAGGGUUUGAGGAAUCGUCGUCGGGAAAUCCAUUUGAGAGUCGACGCUGUUGUAAGGAAGAGGUGGAAGUCCGCGGAAUGGUUGCCGAACGCAGCCCCGAGCUGGAGGAUGAGGUAUAUGUCCUCCUGCAUUCAUCAGUCUCGAUUCUGUUGCACUUCCUCUCUCUGUCCAAAUGUUCUUCUCCUGCAGAGGAAACAAGAUAGUAGGAUGGCAGAUCUGAAGACCAAGGUGGGCAGAGCUCAGGAAGAGCUCAACAAGUUCAGAGACCGGUUGGCCUCCGCUGAAGUCGCCAUGGUUGAUGCCGAACAAGCUCUCGAGAAGGCCAAGAAGCAGGUCUCUACCGUGACCCGAACCUCUGAGGUAGACAGAGAGACGCUUCCUCUUUCCCUGGUGCUCGAACAGACAUCUGAGCCCGAGUCGAAGCCGGAGCCGAACGAUGAUGUUCUCGAAGUGGUAGAGCCAACCGAACCAGUCCAAGAGCAGAACGAACAUGAGGAGGAGGAGGAGGAGGAAGAAGUGACAUUUAUACUGGAAGAGAGUAUGAUCUUUGAGAGGAGAGGUGAAGAAGAUGACGCACACCUCGCUGUAGCUACACGAAGAAAGGAAGAGGAGCUGAAGGUGAAGAUAAGGUCGAUGGAAGAGGAGCUGGAGGGGAGCAAAGAAAAAGCAGCACACCUGGCGGAGCAGUUGGCGGCAGUGGCGGGAGCAAAGGCGGCACUGGAGGUGGAGAUGAAGAAGCUGAGAGUGCAAACCGGGCAAUGGCGAAAGGCGGCGGAGGCAGCAACAGCAUUGCUGGCUGCCGGGGACGGAGCCGCCAUGGACAAACACCAUGGUGCGUAUGUCCGAUGGGGUUGGCCGCUUAUGGCAGGCGAAUUGGAGGAGGAUGGGGUGGUUGGAGGAAGACGGAAGGCGGCCGGAUUUGGAAUGCUUGGCGACCUGUGGAAGAAGGUGGCGCAGCAGAGGCAAGCAGAACCAGUAAGUGGGAUGGAUUAACUGCAGCUCAUGGUUUAGUCUUUAGAUUUGUUCUGUUGCUGUUGUUGAGCCAAGUAAAACACUACCAAGCCAUUGUGAUCUCUGAGACACGUCUAAUUUGAAUACUGAAAUGGAUCAAAUGAUAAGCAUAGGUUACAUAUUUAUUUUACUUCAAG